GGUGACUAGUCGGCGACCCAUCCGUCCGAGUAGGAACGUGCUUCCGCGUUUUCGUUCCUUUCGUUUCGUUUCGUCUCAACCGUACCGAAAAUCGCGAUCAAAAACAUCGAUCCGUCGAUCGAUCGUCUCAAGUUACUCUCGAGCACGUGCCGUCGCGUUGCCUCGCUUCUUUCACCAUAGUAUUUUCUUUCUCAGAGUAUCUCGAAUCGUUUCAUGGUUUUGGACGUCCGGACGAAAUAUAAUAUACGUAAAUAUAUGAACUAAACGUUUCUUUUCAAUUAUGGAAGAUUGUUCAUCGACGGUGAAAGUGCGACGGUGAAGUUGUAAUCGUGGCGGGAUUAAUUAUGAGAAAGGUUUGGACGGCUUGGAUUUGAACUUCUGCAGUUUGAUGGAGGUUUGGAGAUUUCGUGAGUCGUGGGGUUGUCGGAGGUGCAUUUGAAUAUGUGAGGAUUCUUUCGUGGGAGACUCGUGCCUUGUUUGGCUUUGGUGGAGCUGAAGAUUCUGAUGGGAUUGAGAUUUGUAUUUUGUGUGGAAUAUUCGCGAGUUAGUGCUGUUGAUCGAGAAGAUUCUUCGAACAGGCAAACGUACUCUCUUUGAUGAACAUUAUUUUGAAAGCAAAGAGUAAAAAUAAAACUUUGUUAUUUACGUUUGGAAUAAGAUCGAUCGAGAAGAUUCCUUGAGUAAGAUGGAAAAAUAUUCCCUUUGCUGAAGAAGGCUUUAUUAUUUGCAUUUACUGGAAGAAGUAAUAUUACCCUGAUUACUGGAACUAAUCUCGCAAGGCGUUUGGUCGAUUGUCAUAUGACAAAGCUGGAGUUGAAUUUCUGUUUCAAAAAUCGAACCACAAUUUAUCGAGAAGAAGUCGAGCCGGGUCUCCCCAUCGGUUCUAAUGGAGCCAGGAACGAGAAUCUCAGAUGAAACUUUGUCUGUAAUAAUGGAUGUCAUUCAAGGGUCAAUGGUGUAGAUUACUUGGUUCUCACGACGUUCGAGUGAAAAUAUUUUGUCUGCAAAAUGACACCAAAGUUGCCAAUAUUGAACAAUGUUCGUUCCAUCGAGUUGUUUUUUAUUCUCAUCGAAGCUUCCUGUAAUCGUGCCAGAAAUUGGACCCUUACUGAACUUUAAGUGAAAACUGGAUCAGUAUUCUGAAUAAUCCAGUUAAAAAUCCAAACUUUGCAGUUUUUAUGCAAAUUUUUACAGAAAUCUGUCUAUUGUCAAAAUAUUCGUUGUUGAAAUAGCAACUUUGGAUUACGGUUUCCAAAUAGAUAUCAAGUUACUAGAAAAGCUGAAGAUUUCGUGUAUCUUGAAGAACAGAGGAGAUCCUUCGCAAUAGCGUUGUCCAAACACUCGAAAUAAUUAAAAAAAUCAUCGACUCAACAUUUUAUGGAAAUGACUAUUUAUCACUGAAAUAUCCAUCGUGGAAGUGCAACACCGAAUUAAUAUCCAAGUAUAAUUAAUAAUAAUAUAAUUAUUAUUGCAAAAGUGGAGAUUCAAAAUAUGUUGAAAUAUAGCUGAAGAGUUCCAGCUCGAGGAUUGAAUAAAAUUCAUCAAAUAUUCCAGAUACUGUUAUAGAGCCAUGUACUCAACUUUUCACAGAAGUAACUAUCUCUUGUUAGAAUAUUUCUUGUUAAGAAUGCAACUUUGAACAAGUCAAUGUAUAAUUACAUUUAGUUACAGCAAAAUCUGAAGAUUUUAACUAUCCUGAAGAAUGAGACUUUUCGCAACAACAUUGAGCAAAACAGUUAUUGCAUCAUCGAAGAAAUAUUUAUGACUGGAAAUUCAACUUUGAAAAGUUGCUUAAAAUUACAGAGAAGUCGAAGACUCAGAGUAUCUUGAAAAACAGAACAAAUAAUAAGUUUGAAAUAUCCACGAUAGUAUUGCUGGAAAAGCUGGAAUAAAGGUUGGAGGAGGCACGGAUAAUUCCUGCGCGCGUCACCCAUAAAUACCUGUUGGAUCUCUGGAAAAAAGUCACUGGGGAUAUCUACGAGCAACAGGCCUGGAAUAUCUGGCAGAGACAGGCCCGCCGCGUCGCUGUGAACCGGGUGUAAAGUAUCAAAGAUUCGUCGAGCAUAGAUCUCUGCUAGAACCAGAUGACGAGAAGAUAACCCUGGCCAAGGUGAACGAACGGUCUCCACUUUUCCCAUUCGAAUCUUCCAAUCCAAUACGAAUUACACAUCAAUGGAAUUGCCAUAAAGAUGAUCAUUGAAUUCUUACCAAUGAAACUGUUACAAAAAUCAUAAAAUAAAAUAAUUUUAUCAAAAGCUCGAUACAGUAGAAAGGAUUUUCUACUUUGAAAAUUGAAGCCACCAAUGAAAUUCCUUUGAAAAUCGUCGAAUAAAAUCACAAAAGAAUUCUGUUCUUGGAAAAAUCAUUUGUUGCAAAAAUCAUAAAAUAAAGUUACGAAAAUUUGGUACAAUAAGAAGCGUCGAAAGAUUCAGAGAUGAAAGUUAUAAAAGUGGUAAAAUAAAAUUGCAAUAACUCGAUAUAGCGGUAAAGAUGAGACUUCUGCAAUAAGUCGUGUAACUAUAAAAGUAAAAUUGAGUGAAACUCCACAUAGUAAGAAGGAUAUUUUUGAAAAACUAUACAAAAUAACGUGUGAUGAUUUUAGAUUGCAAGAAGUUGGAAGGAAUUAUAAUGAAAGAAAUUUGUAAGAUUGUCGAUGAGAAGAGCAUGCGUUUCGAGUUGAAGCUGAGAGUAGACUAGCUUUGGACUGUAAGAGAACUGUGGAAGAUCCAGGUAAUCCCUGUGGACACUUCCUGUGCAAUCUGUGGGCCAUCUCGAGAUUUCGCGAUAACCGGAGGAAUACAUGGAGUAAAAUUUCUUUUAAACUGACCACGUAGAAUCUCGUACUGAGAUUAGAGGUAGCAAGAUGAUGAACUGAUUUAACAACCUUUAUGAACAAUUUCAGUCUACUGUACGUGGUUGUGAGAUUCAACUGUGACAACUGACUUUUCAUAAUUUGAUCGAGGAUUCAGGGAUAUUGUCUUGAGGAUUCCAACGCAACAGAUGAUUGAGAAAUAUAUGUAGGUUCUAGAACUUUAUAAGCAAGAUUAUCGCUGAUGUCAGAUAGAAACUUUCAGUAAAAGCUCAGCAUAAAUCCAUGAUUAAUGAACACUCUAUGAAUAAUCCAGAAAUGAGUCUGAUGUCUGUAAUCUUUGUAGAAGUCGAAAGAAAUAUUUUAGAAUUAACACUGUAACGCUAAAUCUCUGGAUAACAGAAAAAUGCUGUAACUUCGGCAUUCCCAAGACUCAGAAUAAUAAUUACCAAUCAGCUUACAGAAAAGUCUUUAAUAAUUAACGAAAAUUUGUCACCAAAACCAUACAGUACGCCGGAGGAAUUUAAAAUAGCGAGAAAGUUUUAUUACUGUUAAGACUGUGAAGAAAUCUUUAUUAUUAUUCAAAGACUUAGUGCUCGAAAUGAAUAUUUAACAACUUCUACAUGAACUAAACGAAAUAGAAUUUCACUAUCCAACACAAUAAACCCUAAAGCCAUGAAACACUGACGAAUGAAAUAUCUUCGUUCAAUAAUUAUACCGUUCAAAAUGAAUAUUUAAUAUUUAUCACACCAAUUAAAUGAACUGAUAUUCUGCUACCCAAUACAGUAAACUCUAAAAGCAUAAAAUAGUGGUAAAUCUAAAAACAUGUUUAUCCUCGUUCAGUAACUCAGUGCUCAAGAUGAAUACUUAAUAUUCAUUAUAUGAAUUAAACGAACUAAAUAAUUCUACUGCUUUAAUAUAGUUCAAACUUUAAAAACUUAAAAUAGUGGCAAGUUAAACUAAUUUUUAUCGUCGUUUUAUGUGGAUAUCUAAUACUCUUUAUACGAACUAAAUGAAGUAACAUUUUCUGGGAGGUGUUCGGUACGAGUUUUCGGUGUUGAUCACAGUGGCAAAAAGGCCGACAAAAUAGAGUACCCUGGUGGUAGCGGUAUGUAUGGGGGCGGGACGGGUGGUGGCGGGUAUGGGGUAGGUUUGGGCCCAGGAGCGGGUCCAUCGCAUUACAUACCCUCCGCCACGUCCGUCGGCUACCAAUUGCCGCCCCCGCCGCCUCCGCCGGCGUGUCCCAGCGCCGGAGGUCAGCUGCUCUCUUACGGGCCUAACCUGUCGCCCCAUCAUAUGCAACAGACCCAUGGGGACGCGCAACAGUCGAAAAGAAGGAGAUCCGACGAGGAUGAUCCUAGCGGGUGUAAAUAUAGAAGGCUGGAGAACGAGAAUGUACAGGACAAAGAAAGAUUUGCGAGUAGGGAGAAUCAUUGCGAAAUUGAACGGCGGCGGCGGAACAAGAUGACCGCCUAUAUUACCGAAUUGUCCGACAUGGUGCCGACGUGUUCAGCCCUCGCCAGGAAACCGGACAAAUUGACCAUACUCAGGAUGGCGGUCGCCCACAUGAGGAACCUCAGAGGAACAGGAAACACCAGCUCAGAUGGUGCGUACAAGCCUUCGUUUUUAACCGAUCAAGAGCUGAAGCACCUGAUUCUGGAGGCGGCGGAUGGCUUCCUCUUCGUCGUGAACUGCACCAGCGGCAUGAUCAUCUACGUAUCCGAUUCUGUGGCGCCUGUUUUGAAUUACACUCAAAACGAUUGGUACGGCACCAGCCUCUAUUCGCAGGUCCAUCCGGACGAUACAGAAAAAGUGAAGGAACAACUGAGCGGUGCCGAACCGGAAAACGGUGGCAGGGUACUUGACUUGAAAACGGGAACGGUGAAAAAAGAGGGACAAUCAUCGAUGAGACUGUGCAUGGGCUCGAGGAGAGGGUUUAUCUGUCGCAUGAAGGUUGGAAACAUGCAGACGACUGGCGACAUGGCUGCCGCCCAUGGCCUCCACCACGUGAAGCAGAGGAACUCUCUCGGUCCUCCAGCUCGCGAUGGUCAAAAUUACGCCGUAGUUCAUUGUACAGGGUACAUCAAAAGCUGGCCUCCAAACGGUGAUUUUGUUCCCCCAUGUGUACCAGGUAUGGGACUAGCUGACAGAGAGGCUGUUCAAGUCGGACAUGAUGGGGUGGUCGCAGAUGAGAACGUCAGCACUCACUGCUGCCUGGUUGCCAUUGGGCGAUUACAGGUCACCAGCACACCGAAUAGUAGCGAUUUAGCGGGUUCGAACAGCAAUAACGAAUUUAUUUCACGCCAUUCAGCAGAAGGUAAAUUUACCUUCGUGGACCAAAGAGUCGGUGGAAUUCUAGGGUAUACGCCGUCCGAGCUCUUAGGUCAUCCGUGCUACGAAUUCUUUCAUCCAGAAGAUUUGACGCAUAUGCGAGAAAGUUUUGAGCAAGUAUUGAAGUUGAAAGGACAAGUGGUGUCUGUAAUGUACAGAUUUCGAGCCAAAAAUCGUGACUGGGUGUGGUUAAGGACGUCUGCAUUUGCAUUUUUAAACCCGUACAAUGACGACGUUGAAUACAUUGUCUGCACGAAUACACAUGCCAAGUCGUUCCAUCCUGGUAGUGAUGGUCAGACAGAAAAUGAAGCUGUACCUGCUUAUGGACAACCUGGCCUAGAUUAUUCCCUGCAGAGACAUCCUACAAGGGAUCCUCUCUAUUCUGGGCAUCAUAUGAUGCAGCAUCCAGCAGCUGUUGCUACAGCUGGUCCUCAACAACCUAGGCCGUCCAGUACACAAAAUGUUUAUCAGGGAUAUGAAACGACACAGUCGCCCAUAGCUUAUGGUUCACCUGGUCAACAAAGCGCAUCUUCUUCUGUUUUAAGUAGAAUUCAGAAACCAGCUAACACAUCACCAACUCCUGUGCAACAAGCCUGGGCUAUUGGAAGACAGCAACCUGUAACAGAAGGAUACCAAUACAAUCAGUUAAGCCCUUCAAGGUCACCGAAUGGACCAACAUAUACUCAGUUAAGUAGCGGUGCUAGGACACCAGCUACACAAUAUCAUGCAGUCACAACUGUACCUAACAACCCCGGUAUGUGGGGAUGGCAGAGCCAGCAACAUCAAGCACCUCAACAAGAUGGCGGACAAUCAAAUCCUCAGGUGGCCGGACAAGCACAACAGCCUCAUCCUUCUCAAGGUGGACCUGGCACACAACCCCAGGAACUGUCAGAUAUGUUACAAAUGCUACAAGACCAGGGUGGGGCUUCCGGUUUCGAGGAGUUAAAUAUGUUUAAUACUAAUUUCGAGUAGCGACAAGAAAACAAUAUGACCGAUAAACAUCUACCUUAAGGAAGCUUUAAGGUUCGAAUUUCAUUGGUAGAGUCCCGGGAUCGCUCGAAGUAUCGUAAAUCACACUUUUACUCGAGCAAUUAAUUAGGAUAUGAGAAAUCGCCAGUCAGCACCUCACGCGCAAAACUUCAAACGAAUUAACUAACUUCACAAUAAGUUUAUCUGAAUUUUAUAAAUUGAUUUGUUAACGCAUCCGUUUUGCGAGAAGUUUUUAUUUUAUUGAUAAACAGUACAAUUUUAACGAUCGUACGACAGCACAAUAAAUUAUUCGAAAUUCGCGAAUAUCGUUUUCCAAAGUGCCAUGAAAUGUCAUAUUGGGAAAAUAUAAUAUAGAAAGUGGGGACUUAUAAUAUGCACAGAUGGAUCAGUUGAUGAGAUACAGGUUUUAGCGUUUGAUAUCACAAGUAACACAGAGGGAUUUUCUGAAAGGAAAUUAUAAUUUAUAUUUUUAAGUCUUCUUUUUUUAUUCGCUUUUUACAACUAAAAUGUAGGUUAGGCUGUAUUUAAUGAAUUAUCUUAAGAUAAUUUUCUUGCUAUUUCUUUACAUAAAUCUGAUUUUGCGAUAAUAGAGGAAGUAAGUUUAACGAAAGCAGCGUAAAUUAAAGACAGAAUUACUGACUUUCCUUCCUGUUAAAAAAAACACAAUUAUGGUAAGGUAAACUAUAUUUAAAUUGUACAUGAAAUUUCAAGAACGAUAAAGUAAUAGGGUGGCCUGGAGUAUCAUCGAGCUAUUAUUAAAUGGAUGUGAGUAUCUGUAUAAAAUUUUGGAUUACAAGAAAACAAAAAUGCGUGCAAGAUUUGUAACUGUUCGAGAAAAAGUAAUGUUUCAUUAAGAUUCCAAACGAACACGUUCGUUGUGUAUUGGACUGCAUGUAUUUUGUACGAUUAUUAUCACUUUACAUUUUUAUAGAAUUUUAACGCCUCAUCUGUGCUUAUUAAUAAGUAGAAGAAAGUAAUCUCUCUCCUUUUUUACGUGGUAGUGAUUUUAUUUCGAAUAAGAAGCUGGCGCACUUCAAUAAACGUUCAAAGGGGUGCAUUCUAAACGAUAAGAGAAAAAACAAAAAAUAAAACAAAGUAUUUUUUAAAAACUUCUCAAUCAAACUUACAAAUCAUGGUAAUUUUAAUACCAGCUUAUCAUUAGAUUUCUAAGAUUAGCUUAAUUAUUUUAAUUUAGACCUUUGUAAUUAUAAAUAGUGCAAUCGUCAAAAUCGACGCGGAAUGAAACGGAAGGCAUCGUUUGAACUGGACAACAACAAUGAUGUACAAAAAAAAAAAUUAUAUGUAAUCCACUUUGCUUCUCUGUGCAAAACAAGAAAAAAGCAAAAACACCAUUUUUAGAUAUUUCUAAAGAAAAAUAUAGAUAAUGUUACGCAUACGAAAACAUAAUUGCAUUUAUAAGUAACCAUGUGUGAUUUAGUGCAUUGUAGAUGUACAUGUCUAGCAAAUUCUUAAGUAGAUCGAAGGAACAGUUGCAGCAUAUCAUGAUGAAUUGGGAACAUUUGUCACUAAUAUAUAUAAAAAUUUACAUUACACGUAUAAUUCUUUUUAAUCAUCCUUUGUCGAAAGUAGCUACGAUUACUGACAAUAAUUAACAUAUUGAAGUCGACGAAGGCAUCAAUAUGUAUAACGCAAAUAAUUGAUUAAACUCCGAAACAUA